CUUGUUUUAUGUCUUGGAACGUGGGACCCGAUAGAUUGCCGAUAUUUACACAUUCAAAAUGGAUGAAAUAAGCAAAUUGGCAUACGAAGGAAAUUUAGAAAUCUUAAAGGCAAAGUACAGAGCUGAUAACAACAUAGCAACAAAACUAGAUUCUACCCAUCGGAUGCCAUUACAUUGGGCUGCAUCUGGGGGUCACACAGAUAUUGCAGAAUUCCUGUUGAGCUUGAAUGUUCCUGUUGAUGCAAGAGAUGAGACAAACUGGACUCCAUUAAUGAUAGCAGCUUCAGCAGGUCGCAUGCAGAUCGUAUCGAGUCUAAUUUCACAUGGAGCGCAAGUGAAUGCAGUUAAUCAGACAGGACAGAGCGCUCUUCACUAUGCAGCAUCAAAGGACAGAUAUGAGAUAGCUGAAAAGCUUUUACAGAACGGUGCAGAUAUUGAUGUUGGUGACCAGUUCAACAGCACACCUCUCCAUCGUGCAGCAUCUCAAGGUCAUGUGAAAAUGGUUAAACUCCUGCUUCAAUAUCGGCCUGAUGUCAAUAUGAAAGACUCCAGUGGAAACACUCCCUUACACCUGGCUUGUGAGGAAGAGAGGUCUGAAGUCUGCCGGUUACUGAUAGCACAUGGAGCAUAUGUAACAAUAUUAAACAAGGAGGAGAAGACGCCCCUGGAUCUUGCGCCUGCAAAUUUAAGACGCACUCUUCAGAAGCACAGUGAGGAGGUACAGAUCAUUCCUGUAGACAGAUAGAUGGGUGAGGCUGCAGUGACAAUAUCAUUUAAAAUGAAAAACGACAGAGAAAGUUUGCAUUGCUUGACAGAAGACAAAACAUUUCACAGAGCUGCAAGGAACUCUUGUGUUACUUAAGUGACCAUUCCUAAUGGUUAAAGUUGACAUUUCAUGUUAAUUAUGAACAAAUAGUAAUGCUUAAAUAUUUCUCAAUGUAAAGGUGUUAUACAAAUAUUGUAUUAACAUAAAUUUUAUUGAUAUGUUUAAGCUUACAUGGAGUUUCAAGUUUUAAGUAAAUUGCAUUGGUUUACUUAAUUUGAAUUUGUAUUCAUGCAAGUCUUAUUAAUAAAAAUCCUUUUUAAAACAA